CAUUUGGUUAUACGUCAAUUGAUGUUUGAAAGAAAUAAUAAUUUUCGCCGCUUUGUUGUUUAAUUGAAAGUAAUUCUUGUGGGUAGUAAUAUUUACUAUAUCUACCGGUUUUAAGCCACUCAACCUCAAGUAAAAAUAUAAUUUCUAUGUGUGCGUGUGAUUGUGUAUGAGCUGCAGACGAACCAGCAUAAAAGGAAACGUAGAUCGCUCUUAAUGUGCAACAACAACAGAAUAACAAAGAAGUAAAGAAAAGUGUGGAAAAGAUAAAAUAUCGCGAUUGUUCUUUGACUACAAGUCGUAUACAUACAUAUGUACAUACAUACACAUAGUCGUGUAUUAUAAGAUAAUAAUAAUUCUGUGCAUAAAACGCUUUAAGUGAAGCUCAGUGCGUGCGUGUUUCUAUUGUUAAUACAGCUGGUAUUAUUUGUAUUUCCAUCUAAAAGCUAAACGAAGUUUAUUCACACUACUGUGCCUAUACACACACCUCAUAAGUUAUUCGAAUACUCAACCACUGCAAUCCAAGCAAACGAGCAAACUUUCUACAUACAUAUAUACAUUUGCGGGACUUUCACUGCAACUGAAAUUUUUUACUGCUAAUUGGAAAUCUAAAUUCCCAGUGACUAGAGCUUUGAAGCAUUUUUGGCAAAAAGGAGGAAACGCAAUAUUUUAAAAUGUAUCCAUUCGGUUCCGGCAUGCCACAACCCAAAUCCAAUACACCAUAUAACAAUAGUUACAACCAUCCCAAUCCUGGUGCGCCUGUUGGCGUGCCAUUCGGCGCUGGUUGGAUAGCGCCCCCACAACACCCCACACAACACUCUUCGCCACAACAUGUGCCGCAGCAAAAUAGCUUACACUAUCAGCCACUGUCUCCACAUCAUCAAACUCCUUACCCACCCGCCAACAAUAUUCCGCAUACUCCUCAGCAUCAUGCGCCCUAUCCACCAAUUAAUACGCCAUCUAAUGCACCCUAUCCGGGUUCAUCAUACCCACAUAAUCCCCAACAUGCACAAGCGCCUUAUCCGUUCUCUACGGGAUCACCAACAUACGGCACUAUGGGCGGCAACGCACACUCUCCACACUACACACAUCCGCCGACGCAUCCAUCUUAUGCGCCAACACAUGGAUAUACACCGGUGCCGACGUCGGUCGGUUAUGAAUCUCCAGCUGGCAAUAUCGCCCAUUGCUUCCAAGAAUUGGCCCACCUGAAAGGCCACAUGCUGCACCAACAUCAGCCGUUUGCCCGAAGAGAGGGCACACCAACUGUACUCCCUGCACAGGGAUUCGAUCCGGUCAAGGAUGCCCAUGAUUUGCGCAAAGCCAUGAAAGGUUUUGGAACCGAUGAAGAUGCUUUAAUUAACAUCAUUUGCCGCCGUUCCAACGAGCAGAGACAGGAGAUCCAACGCCAAUAUAAAACUCAUUUUGGCAAAGACCUAAUCGAAGAUGUUAAAUCCGAGACUAGCGGUAAUUUUGAAAAGUUGCUUGUUGGUCUCUUGCGUCCAAUUGUUGACUUUUACUGUGCGGAGUUAAAUGACGCCAUGGCGGGGAUCGGCACCGACGAGGAGGUGCUCAUCGAAAUAUUAUGCACUUUAUCGAAUGUGGAAAUUCACACCAUCAAAAACCAGUACUUGCGCCUGUACGGCGCCCAUUUGGAAUCAGAAUUGAAGUCGGAGACGUCUGGCAACUUUAAGCGUCUCUUAGUGUCGCUGUGCACAGCAGCACGUGAUGAGAGCGGUCAAAUUGACCCGGUCGCAGCGCAGUCGGAUGCACGUGAGCUGCUCAAGGCAGGCGAACUGCGUGUCGGCACUGAUGAGAGCAUGUUCAACAUGAUUUUGUGUCAACGUAACUACCAACAGUUACGUUUGAUAUUCCAAGAAUAUGAAAAAAUGACUGGCCACACAUUGGAGAAGGCAGUACGUAAAGAAUUCUCGGGUGAUAUAAUGGAGGGAUUGAUAGCCAUAUACAAGUGUGUCACCAACAAAACGGAAUACUUCGCCUCGCGCUUGCACAAGAGCAUGGCUGGCAUUGGUACAAAUGAUAAGCAGCUGAUACGCGUCGUGAUCACGCGCUCCGAAAUCGACUUGGCUGAUAUUAAGGCUCAAUUCGAGCGUAUAUAUGGCAAGAGCUUAAAGAGUUGGAUAAAGGGUGACACAUCUGGUCACUAUAAGCACGCAUUAUACGCUCUCGUCGGUGAACAACGCUCCUCCUAAGUACCAAAAUCAGCGCUUAUAACACAAAUACACAUAUACAUAUAUAAAUAGCACUUACAAAACGCCUUAGAAAUCUACAA